AUGAUUUCACGAUUCCGCCAGGGCCUACAGCUCUUAUUCAGGCGAUCCAAUAGUACAAAACCAACCGGCGAAGAAGUCUUCAAGCAAAAAUUGGCGCUUGCCGAGAAGGCGGCCAAGGAAAGACUCCCCGAAUGGGAAAAGAGAGAAGAGGCACUACGAAAACGGUACGGCCACUGGAACCCGACCCACAAACUCUCCCGCCAGCAGAUGGUCGACAUUCGUGAAUUCAAAAAGGCGGCUCCGCACUUGAAAACCGUGCAAAUAGCAGACCAUUUCCGGGUGAAUCCUGAAAGUAUACGACGCAUUCUCAAGUCGAAGUGGACUCCUAAAGAGAAAGAACUCGAGAAUAUUUUGGAGAGGGCAGAGAAAAGAAAACAAAAAAGUAAUGAGCGGAAACGUCUCUCAAAAUCGGAGCUUCUGGGAACUUUUGGCCAACUAGGGCCACAGAAGCCUGGAAACAACUGGCAACACAAAAAACACCACGCAUACUCAAGCCGCCGGAACGGAAACGAUCCUCGAAAGUCUUCGCCCAGAGAUAAUAAACCGUACACAGAUACUAUUGGAGACUUGUUGGAUUAG